ACGCCCACCGGCAGGCUGCUGUUUGCUCGCUUCCUCCGCUCCCAGGGCGGGCCGGAACUUUUGUCAGCAGGAACCGGUGUACGCGGUUCAGUGUUGUCGACCGGCGUCUAGGCGACGAGGCUGCUGUUCUCUUCCUCCGGCUGCGGUCGCUGUGGGGUGCAGCCCAGCCGGUCAGGUUGAGGAGCGCGGCCGCCUGGACUGGGUCUAUGGUCGCUCCGUGGGCCGCUCUGCUGGCUGGUGCUUUUGUAUCAGGGCAAGCAGUAUUCCAUGGCAGGGAACUUCUGGCAGAGCUCCCACUAUUUGCAGUGGAUUUUGGAUAAACAAGAUCUGUUGAAAGAGCGCCAGAAGGACUUAAAGUUUCUCUCAGAAGAAGAGUAUUGGAAGUUACAAAUAUUUUUUACAAAUGUUAUCCAAGCAUUAGGUGAACACCUUAAAUUAAGACAACAGGUUAUUGCUACUGCUACAGUCUAUUUCAAGAGAUUCUAUGCCAGGUAUUCUCUGAAAAGUAUAGAUCCUGUAUUAAUGGCUCCUACAUGUGUGUUUCUGGCAUCCAAAGUAGAGGAAUUUGGUGUAGUCUCAAAUACAAGAUUGAUCGCUGCUACUACUUCUGUAUUAAAAACUAGAUUUUCAUAUGCUUUUCCAAAGGAAUUUCCAUACAGGAUGAAUCAUAUACUAGAAUGUGAAUUUUACCUUUUAGAAUUAAUGGAUUGUUGCUUGAUAGUGUAUCAUCCUUAUAGACCUUUGCUCCAGUACGUGCAGGACAUGGGCCAAGAAGACGUGUUGCUUCCCCUUGCAUGGAGGAUAGUGAAUGAUACCUACCGCACAGAUCUUUGUCUGCUGUAUCCGCCUUUCAUGAUAGCUUUGGCUUGCCUACAUGUAGCCUGUGUUGUACAACAGAAAGAUGCUAGGCAGUGGUUUGCGGAACUUUCUGUGGACAUGGAGAAGAUUUUGGAAAUAAUCAGGGUUAUUUUAAAACUAUAUGAGCAGUGGAAGAAUUUUGAUGAGAGAAAAGAGAUGGCAACUAUUCUUAGUAAGAUGCCGAAACCAAAACCACCUCCAAACAGAAGCUCCCUGAGUGAUUCUCCACUAAUGGCAGGGCCUGAAGCUGCAAGAUGAUGAUGGACAAGAUAAGGCAAUCUCCUAUUGUCACAGUUACUGUGAAGGAGAGCAGGGUCCAAAUGGAAGUCAGAACUCUAGCUACAGCCAAUCUUAAAACACCCUGAAGAAUCCUGUAGUGGACCACUUGGAAGUAAAGCAUUGGACAGUUUGAGUAAUGUCUUCAUUGGAAAUCAGAUGCAAACGAAUAGCUUGUUUCUAUCAAGCCUACUGGGAAGUGACUUAAUUUUCACAAAAUAAGUUUUCCUUACUUAAUUUGAUUCUAGUGUGUAAUUUAUUAAAUCUUAAUUAUAGAAUUUAGUAAAGCUCUAAGGGGACAUUUUAGACAUACGCAGACAUUUCAGAGUUAACUUCUCUCCCACACAAAUGUACGCACACACAAUAAUACUGGGUUUUUGAUUAGGAUAAUUGAAGUUUUUAUUAAUAGCUUUUUUAAAUAAGGCAGGAGACAUGAAAUGUCAUUUGUUUAAAAUUCUCUUUGGACAUUAAGGGACCAAAAAAAAGGACAUAAAAAGUCAGUAAGAGCCCUUUACCCUCCCCAGUUAAAUUUUAAAACUUUUAUUCUUAAACAAAUUAAAUCUUAGGAAAAAUUAUAAUGUUUUGGAAUGGUAUUUAUAAUUUGAGGGAGAUUAAUCAAGAACUUACUGAUUUUUAAAAUGUAUUUUAUUCAAUACUUUUUGUAUCAUCACAGAAGAUACUAGCCCAACCUGUUAGAAAAGUGCAAUAUGUAUAGUAUGCUUUGACAUUUUAAAGGUUAUAUUGACUUAUUAGCUGUUUUGAAAUGCUGGGAAACCUGAAAGAAAAAGUUAUUUGCAUUUAAUUCACAGUUAAUAAGCAUUUUAAAAGUUCAGUUUACUGAAACAAUGAAGUUGAAAUUUGGGUGAAAUUUUAAUGUUCAUCUUUAACCUGUACUGGAAAUUUUUAUGAGAUGCAUACACCCCAGUCUAAUUUUGUGUUUUAGUGUGAGCUGACAGAUGUACAGUAAGUAUUCUAAGUCAAGAACCUAGUCAGAGUGGGGCGGUGGUGGCAUACGCCUUUAAACCCAGCACUUGGGAGGCAGAGCCAGGUGGAUCUCUGUGAGUCCAAGGCCAGCCUGGGCUACAGAGCGAGAUCCAGGACAGGCACCAAAGUUACACAGAGAAACCCUGUCUCGGGGGAAAAAAACAAAACAAAACAAAAAACAAAAAAGAACCUAGUCAGGUUUCAGGCUAGUGUGAUACUGGCCAUUCUUAAUUUUUGUGAGUGUAGACUUCAGAAUAAAUGUUACAUCUGUGGGACUGGUAUCACUGGAACUUCAUAAAUUACUCAUUUUCUUCAGACUUGAAGGAAGAAUGACAAAACUUGGAGUAAUGGAAUAUUAAUGUGUAGUUUUGCACUUAUAAAAAAUAAAUCAUGAAAAAAAUUAAGCAUUGACUUCCUAGUUAAAAUUAGAAGAAUAAAAGUUAAGUUCUUCAGCUAUAUUUACUAGUGUCUUGAAUUCAUCUUGUUACGUUUUACUUAGGUUUUCUGAGAACCUUUCUGCAUGUUAAAUUAACACCCGUUAUACUUUGUAAAGGGGUGAUUUCAUAUGGUUUAUGAAUAGAUUGUAAGGAAAGUCUUGAUUCCUUACGGAGAACAUCAUAUGAGCUGGAAAGGAGACACAUUGGUACCAAUACGGAACCUCCUAAGGUUGUAUAAGGAUAAGAAAAAGAAAACAAGCUCUCUGCAGGCCUUAAGGAGUGAAUCUGAGCUUAGCUUGGAUGCUUGGUGAUUGCUCAUUACAGUCAUUAGCUAUAGUUUUAUCUUCAAGCUUUUUUUUUCCAGUUUAUUUUUUCAGUCUACUCUUUGUGCUUCAUGGUUUUCUUUGCAAUCUCUUACUGUAGAAAAUUAAAAGUUUACAAGAGCAGACAGAGCAGUGUAAUAAACCUCCAUGUGUGUAUGAUCUAGCCUCAACAAUUACUGAUUCAUAGUCAGUUUCACCUUUUUUCAACUUCCACACAGUCUCCAGUUUGCAUAUUAUUUUGAAGAAAAUUCCAGACAUAUUGUUUCAUCCGUAAAUAUUUCAGUAUGUGCUCCUGAAAUGUAAUGGCUCCUUAAAACACUAUAAAAGUACUUUUGAAGUGUUUUUUUUAUACUUUUUUGUACUUUACUUAAAAGUAAUGAAAAUAAUUAUCAAAUAUUACAUUAAAAGUUUCAGUUCAGAGCAGAGUGGCGGUGGUGCAUGCCUUUAAUCCCAACACUCGGGAGGCAAUGCCAGGUGGAUCUCUGUGAGUUCGAGGCCAGCCUGGUCUACAGAGCGAGAUCCAAGAGAGGCUCCAAAACUACACAGAGAAACCCUGUCUCAAAAAAAAAAAAAGUUUUCAGUUCCCUGGGAGUUGCAGAACAGUCUAUGUAUUCAUUUAUAAAUCCUUUUACUUUUAGAUUCAUGGAUUCUUCCUCCAUGUUACUAAAAAAAAAAAUCCUGGUUUUCAUUUGUUAAUCUAUGAAGUUUCCCAUAGCCUAAAUUUUGCUGUGGGCAUUGUUAGCAUGCCAUUUAGUGUGUUUUCUUUCUCCUUUGUAUUUUUGUAAAUUGGCAAUUGAAUAUGAAGGUCGAUCACGUGGAGAUCCUUUUUGUUUUGGCUAGACUACUGUAUAAGGUGGCAGUCUCUUCCAUUAGUAAGCACAUAGUGGCUGUUGCUGUAUUGUCACCCACAUGACAAGUAUUGUUUUUCAGAAUCAAUUACUGUCUUAGGCACACUGUCCAGUAUCAUAGCCACCAGCCACUUAGGGUUGAACGGUUACCAUGUGGCUUGUCUGAAUGCAGAUAUGCUGUAAAUGUGCAAACGUGUUGGAUUUCAGGUACUUAUUACAAAACAAAAGAAUGUUAAAAAAAAUCUCAAUUUGUUUAUAACCAUUAUGUGUUUUAAAUGAUAAUAUUUUGGAUACAUAGAAUUAAAUAAAACAUUAUUAAAAUUAA